AUGGAUGAUUUGCUCUCUGCAGCAAUAUGCGAAGCUGGUUUAGAAGAAUUUUUGUUGGCACCGGAAGUCGUUAAUAGAGGAGCUGAGAAGUCGUCGGAAAAUGAUGUAGCAACUCAUCCAGUAAAUACUAGUGGUCAGGCAAAUGCUUUGGCGGAGCUUUCAAAAGUCGAAUCAGAAGAUAAGAAGCAAAAUGUAGAAAUGUUAAACGAUGGUUGUGUAAUCCUUCCUUCGUGUUCACAUACCAACUUUGAAAAUAAUUUACGUUUGGAUGCACCACGAGCUGAUGAUGUCUCAAAUAACGUCACAGAAAAUGCACCUCUAACACCUAUUCGACAACAGCUGGUUGAAGUUGUCGAGACGACCGAAUUAUCUAGCGAUCUGAGUCUCGGCAACACUACGCAGAAGAUUUUAUCACAACCUGAAAAUACUGGCAAAUUGUUGGAUGGUGGAAACGUAUUCCGUUUACGACGUCCUGCUAUAUCAACACAGCAACGAUUACAGUCAAACAAUGUAAUGCCAGUUAAAAAUGCAGUAACGGCGCGGCCGACAGUGAAAGUAGCACGUGAAGUACGGCGAGCCGUCAAUGAAGUUAAUGAUGACAAUGAUGUUGAACUUAUUGAAGGAGCAUCGUACACGGGUGGUACAUCUUGGAACUCACCACGUCGGGUGAUAAUCAUGCAAGAACGUCCCAAAAAUGGUGUGGUUUACGUGCGUCAACGUAACUGUGAGAUUAUGCCGCGGCGUAUUCCACCAACACGUACAGUCUUGAGUCGAAACGGCAACGGGACAUUUGCUCUUCGUGGUAAUCGUAUAAUUCGCCCAGUUUUUCGGUCAGAUCGGUCAACUCCUGUCUUUUUGCAGCGCAGCGCUCUACCAUCGGGAUGCAUAGAGAGGGAUCCAGUGAAUGUCUUACAAGAAACAGGGCAUCAGUAUUUGCCUUCAACGGCAUUACCAUCGAACAGCACAUCUGCAUCAAACGCUCAACCUAGGAUUAUACGGAAUUCAGUUUUACGUCGAAAAUCUCCAGUGACUGUGCAGGGUUCUCGUCCUGGCUCAAUAGCAACUCGUGUGAUACCAAAUCUACAGAGGGCUCGAAAUCAUUUAGCCGGUUCCAUUGCUGGUAUGAAGCUAAUCUCAUGCGAAGUAUCAGGAAAUAAUUGUAAUAAUGAAAAACGACAACUAGAUGCAAAUGGUCAAAUACAUGUGCUUGGAAAUUCGGUUGAACCACGACUACCUGUAGGUGAAGUUUUGCGUCGUAUUCGGAUAAAUGAGCAAAAGCUAGCGCAUGUCGAUGAAUAUCGUGGAAGAGCAACAGGUGGCAGUGGGACAUCGAAAGAUGAAGUAUUUGAUAAUUCACGCAAUACGGAACGUAAACUGUUGAAUCAUGUAUUGGAACAAAAAGAAAAAAAGUCUUCCGUAAGAAAAGAGAUGGAAGCGGCCUUGCAGUAUCGUAUUGCUCAAAAUGAUCAGGACAUUGAUGAUGAGGAAGAGAAUUUGGGUUAUGCAGAAACAUAUGCAGAUUAUCGUCCAGCGAAGCUUCGUUCGGGCUUAUCACAUCCGGACAGUGUUAUUGAAACUGCAUCGUUGAGUAGUGUUGCUCCACCAGAUAUACGUUAUAAUUUGACUGUUCCCGAAGAGAUCAUUGAUACGGGCGCGAUUUCAGCUGUACAGCUGGAAGCAGUAGUAUAUGCUUGUCAAGCACAUGAGGUGCGUCUUCCAUCGAAUGAACGUGUUGGCUAUUUGAUUGGUGAUGGUGCCGGUGUGGGUAAAGGAAGAACGAUUGCUUGCAUCAUCUUUGAAAAUUAUCUCUUAGGACGCAAGCGAUCAAUUUGGCUCAGUGUUUCGGCCGAUUUACGAUAUGACGCUGAACGUGAUUUGAGAGAUAUCGGUGCCAAAAAUAUCAAGGUUUACGCAUUAAAUAAAUUCAAAUACUCCAAAAUUGGUGGAAAAGAAAAUGACGUCAAGAAAGGUUGUAUUUUUGCAACGUAUUCAUCACUGAUUGGUGAAUGUCGUUCAGCGAAAGGUAAAUACCGGACGAGGCUUAAACAACUGAUUCAGUGGUUUGGUCAGGAUUACGACGGUGUUAUCGUGCUUGAUGAAUGCCAUCGUGCCAAGAAUUUGGUUCCAACAUCCGGUUCAAAACCAACAAAAACAGGUCGAUGUGUUCUGGAAUUGCAGAAAGCUUUACCAAAUGCCCGAAUUGUUUACGCUUCAGCAACUGGUGCAACAGAACCUCGAAAUAUGGCAUAUAUGACACGCAUAGGCUUGUGGGGACAAGGACAAGCAUUUCGAGAAUUCAGUGAUUUUAUUAAUGCUGUAGAAAAACGAGGUGUUGGAGCUAUGGAAGUAGUUGCAAUGGACAUGAAGCAGCGUGGUCUUUAUCUGGCUCGACAGCUUUCUUUCCGCGGUGUUAGCUUUCGGGUUGAAGAAGUACCGUUAUCUGCAGAUUUUAUCGAAGUAUAUGACGCAUCAGUUAAAAUAUGGCUUGAAUGUCGAAGACAGUUUCAGGCAGCUCUUACUCGUCACUGUAUCGGUCGAACGCAGGUAAAACUAGUUUGGGGACAGUUUUGGGCGGCACAUCAACGAUUUUUCAAAUAUGUCUGUAUUGGUGCAAAGGUGAAAUCAUGUGUCAAGAUAGUGCGUGAUGCAAUAAAAGCUAAUAAAUGCGUUGUGAUUGGUUUACAAACUACUGGUGAAUCAAAAACUUUGGAAGCACUUGACGAUGCGGGUGGCGAAUUGACUGAAUUCGUAUCCACAGCCAAAGCGGUGUUGGCGAGGCUUAUAGAGAAACAUUUCCCAACAGAAAAUACGAAUUCUUCGGCGGAUGUCUAUACCAAUUUCGACAAAAUGUGCAAUGAAUUAGACCGCCCAGCCAAACGCAAAUUGGAAAAAUUAGGAUAUGUAUCAUCAACCUUUGGUUUGCCUGCAAAACGGUUAAAGCAAAAUUCAGUUAUGGAAGAACAAACAGAUGAGGAGGAACAUACUGACACUGAUAGCACUGAAUCGUCAGUACGGGAUGACAGUUCACAGCCAACAGAAGAAGACGAAGAAUCAUCUAGUGAAGAGGGAGAACCAUCGAAUGGGGCCAUCCAAGGUGACGAAGAUACGUGGUUGCGAAGAUUAUUAGAUGAGGCAAAAAGUUCGGGUGAGGAAACAGCUGAAGAAAAAAGUGGCAGUGAAAACGAGAAAAAAGGGAGCGAUGAGGAAGAAUUUAAUCCAUUUACCUGUGACUUUACUAGAGAAGAUCCUUGGGCAGCAAAGCAACAAAUUAUUUCGGAUUCACCGAAGAAGAAGAAAGUUAAGAAAAAGUUCAGAAAAAAGCAAAAGAAAUCAACAAACAGUAAGAUCGUUUCUACUGCGAUGCAUAGUACUGCCGAUGUUUUCAUGUCUUCAUCGCAUCUGGUAAGUGACGAGGAUCUUACGCUUGGUGAAACUUCACUAAUCAAAGCAGAGUUGUUGGCUGCUGUAGAGCGUCUGAGUCCUCGAUUGCCACCAAAUACACUUGAUCAACUGAUUGACGAAUUGGGUGGACCUGAUUAUGUCGCCGAGAUGACGGGUCGUAAAGGUCGUGUCGUAUGUCGUGAAGAUGGAGAUGUUGAAUAUGAACUUCGACAUGCUGGAGCAGAUGUACCACUUGAACUGAUGAAUAUGGACGAAAAAGAUAAAUUUAUGAAGGGUGAAAAAUUAGUUGCUGUAAUUUCAGAGGCAGCAUCUUCCGGUAUCUCAUUGCAGUCAGACCGAAGAGCCGCAAAUCGUCGACGUCGUGUACAUAUAACUUUAGAAUUACCUUGGUCUGCUGACAAAGCUAUUCAACAAUUUGGUCGCACACAUCGUUCAAAUCAAGUUAGUGCACCAGAGUAUAUAUUCUUGAUAUCCGAACUUGCUGGCGAAAAAAGAUUUGCAUCAAUUGUUGCCAAACGACUUGAAUCUCUCGGAGCAUUAACGCAUGGUGAUCGGCGCGCAACAGAAUCACGUGAUCUAAGUCAGUUUAAUUUGGACACGAGAUAUGGCCGAGCGGCUUUAGAUGUGUUACUGCGAACAAUUACUAGAUUGCUCGACCCCCCACUUAUACUACCACCGAAGGAUUACAAGCCUGGAAAUUUUAUCACGGAUAUGCAGUGUUAUAUGGAGGGUGUUGGUUUACUGUCACUGGAUAAUGGUGUUUAUACAAUUGAAAAAGAAUCUGCCACCAUACCAAAGUUUCUGAAUCGUCUUCUUGGUUUACCAGUGCACGCACAAAACGCACUUUUCCAAUAUUUUUCCGAUAUCGUUGCUGAAUUAGUUGCUCAGGCGAAACAUGAUGGGACAUAUGACAUGGGUAUUAUGGAUCUUGGAAUGGGUGGUGAUGAAGCACGUAAGUUAGAAACUCGUGUAUUCAUGGGACAUUACGAAAGUGGUUUUUUCCGCGUCGAAAUUCACAAAAUUGGCGUGGAGCGUGGUGUGAGUUGGGAGGAUGCUUAUGCAAUUUGGAAGGAUCAUCAUGAAGACCAGGAUGGAUUUUAUCUGGCAUCAGUUGGGAAUAGUGGGAAAAAGACUGCGGCUCUUGUUUAUGGCAUCGGCAAGAAACGUUUGGAUACGGGUGCGCGUCUUUUCUGCAUAACUCGACCAAGCACAGGUCGAAGUGCAAAACUGGAAACGAUCGAUGAGUUAACAAAACGUUUUCAUCUUGCCACUCCUGAAGAAACUGAACAAGUUUGGAAAGACCUGUUUGAAGGUUCGAACAAGACUUGCCAGCACAAUUAUUUUCAUGGGCGUUGCCGGAAUGAAUCGAUGGGUGUAUAUUGCGAAACUGGACGACGGACUCGAACUUACUUUGUUCUUUCUGGUUCUGUACUCUCGGUCUGGCCGAUAGUUGAAGAAGUAUUGUCCAGUGGUAUGUCAGCUCGAGAAAUUAAACGAUCACAGCGGAUGCAGAUAAUCCGUGUUAGAACACCGCAGGAUCACAAAAUUGUUGGAUUACUGGUUCUGCCGCAAUAUGUGCGAACACUGGUUGCGCGUUUUGAGAAACACUGUGGUGGUUGUAUGGAAUCAAAAUCAACAAAUACUUUAAACUGA